AUAGAUAAUUCAGAAGAAAAUUAGAAAAACAUGUUUCUAACCUAAAAUGUCAUGCUUUGCAUAAAUAUUAUUUACCAGUGGUGUUAUUAAAAAGUCAAUUUGAACAAACCACGUGAAUUUUGUUAAUGUUGUUGUGAUAAACUAAUACAUUGUAACAAAUGGCUGACACUGAGGAAUAUUUUCCUCGAGGGGGCAAGAAACCUACCACAACAUAUUUUAAACAAAAUGAAAAUUUUUUAGGAGGUAACGAACAAGGAGCAAAAAAAAAGAAAAAAUCAAAGAAGAGGUCAGAAGAUGAUGAUGGAUAUUUAUCAGAUGAAUUGAUUCAGGAAGAGGAUCUCUCUUACAAAACCUGUGGGAUUUGGUUGAAUUAUAAGGUAAUGAAGGAAGGUCAAUUAUUCCUCGGCAGAGUCAGCACAGUGAGUGACACUUGUGUGUAUGUAUCACUUCCCUGUCGUAGCUCAGGCACUGUCAUGGCGUGUCAUAUCAGUGAAGCAUAUAACAAGCAGCUGGAAGCAUAUGUUAAUGAUCAGAUAGAACAAGUGUGUGAGUUACCUCAGAUGUUCCGGCCGGGCCAGUAUGUGGCGGUGAAGGUACUCGAGGUGCAGACAGAGAGCAGCAAACUGAUGCUGACUAUGAUGCCUCAGCACAUCAACAGUGCAAGAACACUCAAAGACUUACAUAAAGGAGCUCUUGUUCAAGCUGCAGUGUCAUCAGUGGAAGACCAUGGCUAUGUGAUGGACAUUGGGAUAGCCAACACACGGGCCUUUCUUCCUAAGAAGUCUGCCAAUUCAGAUAUUGUACAUGAUAUGGGCAUGUUGGUGUGGACGGUGGUCAAGUCAGUGUCAGCGGACAGCGGCGUGGUGACGCUGAGCGGCGAGCUGGCAGCGCUACAGAAAGCGCUGCAGCGAAAGCCCGCUGCAUUGCUGCCCGGCACCGCUUUAGAGUUCACUGUUGACAAGCCUCUGGACAAUGGUAUAGAAGGACACAUAUUGGACAAAACUACAGCUUAUAUCCAAAGAUAUCAAGUAGACCAUGUAAAAAACAAAAAACCAAGCCUAGGACAUAAGAUAAGAGCACGAUUACUGUACAUGGUGCCACCUAACAACAUCCCAUUCCUGACAAUGAGAAAUAUCUUCGAAUCUACUUACCCUGAUUUGACGCAAGAACAGAAGUUCAGUUCUGGAGAUAUAAUUGAGGAAGCUCAGGUACUAAAAAUAAUAGCACGAUCAGUCUAUAUGAAGUUAGGAGAAGGAAGCUUCGGUCUGCUCAGUCUCUACAGGAUCGCUGUACAUGAAGAUCUCACUGAUGAACAGGUCUUGCUUAGUUCAUAUCCUAUAGGUAGCACACAUAGAGUACGAGUGACAGAUUACAAUAUGUCAGACUACAUAUACUCUGUCAGUGACGAUGCAGCAUUGCUCGCUGAGAAGUAUUUCAAACUGUCCCAGCUUCGUGUAGGCGAUAUAGUUGAUGCCACCAUUACUCAAGUGCACGAGAAAUAUAUUAAGACUACAGUCGGCAGAGUUACUGGUGGUGUAUCUCAAAAACACAUGUAUGAGUCAGGCAUCUUUGUCGACCCUAAAAAGGCCACUAAAUCUAAAUCAUCAAAUAAGAAAUACAAGGAGGGUCAAGUAGUGAAAGCCCGAGUGUUGCUGGUGGACAAUAUGAAGAACCGUGUGACGUUGACCCUGAAGCCCUCCCUGCUGGACCCUCGCAUUGAAGUGCUGCAGAGCUACGAACAGGCUGUUGUUGGGAAAGACUACACUGGAGUUGUUGUGGAUAUUAAAACCUCCUAUCUAAUAGUGAGUUUCUUCAAUGACGUAACAGCACUAAUACCUAAACGCUUAGUGUCUGCUGAACCAUUGGAAGACAUCACUCAGGCGUUCCACAUUGGACAGAUUGUAAAAUGUACCAUCACAGAAGUAGAAGGGAAAAAAUUAAUUGGCAGCCUCACCGAAGUGUCAGCCAUAAAACAAAAUGGACCAAAUAAACGUACAAUGGAAGAACCAGGACAAGUCAAAGCUAAAAAGAAAAAAGUUGACGAUUCAGUAAAAAAUCAGAGUAAACAAGACAACUUAAAUGAAAAUGGUGAAAAUAUUGGAAAUGAAAUGGGACAUAUAAGGCGUGUAGGGGAUAUAGUGAAGGCAACCAUUACUAAGGUUGCUGACAACCAUGUUUUAGCUACAGUGGGAGAAGUAAGAUGUUACAUACAACCGCUACACAUGCAUGACUCUGACCCAGAAAAUGCCACAAAAUCACCAAAUGAGAUAUUCGAGGAGGGUCAGGAGGUAAAAGGCAGAGUGCUCACAAUGGACACUGUGAGGAACCGUGCGACGUUGACGCUGAAGCCCUCCUUACUGGACCCUGACCUUGAAGUGCUGCAGAGCUACGAACAGGCUGUUGUGGGGAAAGACUACACCGGAGUUGUUGUGGAUAUCAAAGACUAUCUACUAUUAGCUUUCUUCAACAACGUCACAGUGUUAAUACCUGAACAUUUGAUAUCCGAUGAGCCCCUGGACGAUAUCAACAAGUCGUUCCACCUUGGACAGAUUGUAAAAUGUACCAUCACAUCUGUAAAUUUGGAAAGGAAGAAAUUAAGUGGCAGCCUGAUCGGAUUGCCAGCUGUAAAACCGAAUGAAUCGACUAAACCUACAAUGGAAGAGUCGGCACAAGUCAAAGCUAAAAAGAAAAAAAUUGAUUCAAAAGAAUUAAACACUGAGGAAUCACAAGGCAGUGGGAAAAAGGCAAAGAGGAAAAAUAAAGAAGAAAUAGAUGAAAAUAGAGAACAUUCUGAGUUUGGCACAGAAGCAAUGGAUUAUGUGAGGGAUGUGGGGGAUAUAGUGAAGGCAACCAUUAUUAAGGUUACAGACAACUAUGCUUUAGCUACAGUGGGAGACACUCGGGGUUAUAUACCUCAAUUACACAUGCAAGAAUCUGGUAUCAAAUCUGAAUCACCAAAAGAUAUAUUGAAGGAGGGUCAAGAGGUAAAAGCCCGAGUGUUAAUACUGGACAAUGAGAGGAACCGUGUGACGUUGACAUUGAAGCCCUCCCUGCUAGACCCUGACCUUGAAGUGCUGCAGAGCUAUGAACAGGCUGUUGUUGGGAAAGACUACACCGGAGUUGUUGUGGAUAUCAAAAAGCAUCUCCUAAUAUCAUUCUUCAGCAAUGUAACGGCGUUUGUAUCUAAACAUUCGGUGUCGCGUGAGCCAGUAGAUCUCACUCAGUUGUUCCACCUCGGACAGAUUGUAAAAUGUACCAUCACAGAAGUAGAUUUAGGAAGAAAGAAAUUAAGUGGCAGCCUCAUCGAAAUGCCAGCCGUGAAACAAAAUCGACCGCUUAAACGUACAAUGGAAGACCCGGCACAAGUCAAAGCUAAAAAGAAAAAGACAGACGAUUCUGCAAACGAGACAAACAUUGAAGAAUCUCCGGUAAAAAAGACAAAGAGGAAAAAUAAAGAACAAAUAGAUGAAAAUAGAGAACAUUCUGAAUUUGGCACAGAAGCAAUGGAAUAUGUGAGGCAUGUAGGGGAUAUAGUGAAGGCAACCAUUACCAAGGUUGCUGACAACUAUGCUUUAGCUUCAGUGGGAGAUUCUCGGGGUUAUAUACCACAAAUACACAUGCAAGAAUCUGGCAUCUUUGUCGACCCAAAAAAACCCAGCAAAUCUGAACCACCAAAUGAAAUACUCAAGGUGGGUCAAAAGGUAACAGCCAGAGUGCUAGUAAUAGACAAUCAGAAGAACAGUGUGACGUUGACUCUGAAACCCUCAUUGCUGGACCCUGACCUUGAAGUGCUGCAGAGCUACGAACAAGCUGUUGUGGGGAAAGACUACACCGGGAUUGUUGUGGAUAUCAAAAAACAUCUACUAUUAGCGUUCUUCAACAACGUCACAGUGUUUAUAUCUAAACAUUUGGUGUCGGCUCAACCACUCGACAAUCUCACCAAGUCGUUCCAUCUUGGACAGAUAGUAAAAUGUACCAUCACAUCUGUAAAUUUAGAAAGUAAGAAACUAUGUGGCAGCCUCAUUGGGAUGCCAGCUAAUAAGCCGACUAAACAUACAAUGGGCGACUCUGUUGAAGUGACAGCUAAAGGGAUAAAAGUUGAAAAUGAAAAAGAUAAAAAAUUAAUAAAAAAAGAACAUUCUGAAGAAAGCGACGCCAUUGAUACAGACGUUUAUGACGAUAGUGACCAAGUGUUAUCACCAGAAGAUAUAAUUUUAAUAGAUCUAUCAGAUUGCCUAACCGCUAAACAAUUUAAAAAGAAAAAAGACGCCCUACAAAAAUGUAUACAAUCUAAAACAGACCAAAUAGACGAAAUAGAUAAAAAAAUUACUAGUAUGGAACAAAAAGGCCUGAAUUCGAAAAAUAAAAAGAAACAUUCAGCUAAGCAUGCUGAGAAAUUGAUUUUACAACAGCAAAUCGAAAAAUUAUCGGAUACACUAAUAUUAAUUGAGAAUAAAUUAAAAGAAGACAUAGAUUCAAAUGUUAAUAAAGUGAAAUUGAUAGAUAAUUUGAGACCCGCUGUAGAAGUACCUAGUGUUAAAGAUUUUUGGUCAUUGGAUACAGAUGUCUUAGCAGAUAAGGUAAAAGAGGAAUACUCGAGCAGCAGUGAAGAAGAGGAAGGAGAAAAGCCCAAAAAGAAACGCAAGAAGCUUACAGUCGCAGAAAAGGCCGCAAAAGCAAGAGAAGAAGAAGAGAAGAUAAGAGAAAUGGAGAAACGAGCGAUAGAGAGUGAGAACGCACCCCAAUCGAGCGACCAGUUUGAAAGGGCUUUACUAGCGCAGCCUGAUUGCAGUCAGCUAUGGAUCGCUUACAUGGCUUUUCAUCUACAGGCGACGGAGAUAGAGAAGGCGCGCGCGGUGGGCCGCAAGGCGCUGAGCACCAUCAACUUCCGCGAGGAGGGAGAGAAGCUCAACGUCUGGCUCGCGCUGUUGAACAUCGAACAUCGCUUCGGUACUAAGGAAAGCCAGCAAAAGACCCUCGAAGACGCCCUCCAAAUGAACGACAAAUACGAGAUCCACUCGAAACUCCUCGACAUACUGGUGGAGACCAGCAAGCCUCAGGAGCUGGUGGCUCUGGUGGAGCUCAUGACGCGCAAGUACCGGCGUAAGGCCUCGGUGUACACGGCGUGCGGGGAGGCCUGCUUCAAGGCCUCGCUGGUGGAGAAGGCGCGACAGGUCAUGCAGAAGGGAAUCGCUGCUUUGGAGAAGAAUGAACAUGUUUCGCUGCUGGUGAAAUUCGCACAGCUGGAGCGCGCGCACGGCGACCGCGAGCGCUCGGAGGCGCUGUUCGAGCAGGUGCUGGCCGUGUACCCGCAGCGCGUCGACGUCUGCUCCGCCUACCUCGACGUGCUGCUCAAGGCGAGAGACGUCGCUCACGUGAGACAAGUAAUGGAGCGAAUGACUUCACUGCAGCUUCCCGCUCGCAAGAUGAAGGCGCUGUACAAGAAGUGGAUAGAGGUCGAAGAGAAGAUUGGCGACGCAGAACACGUCGAGACAAUACGACAACGCGCUAUACAGUUUAUAGAUAAAGCAAAGUUUUAAUUUAUGCUAAGAAUUAAAUGAAUUGACAAUUCUA